ACUGCAGGCCUUAUGUGUUUGCCUGCGUCUCCCAGACAGUAGCUGCUGGGGAGAGGUUGGGGUGGUGUCUGCUCGGACCCUCUAUAUCCUCUGAAGGCCCAGCGUGGCUGUGGCAUGUGGUGGGCAUGCAAGAUUUGUCCACGGACUGAGCACCUACAGUUGACUGGUGGUUCGUUGAUUCCUUCAGAAACCUUGUUGAGAGCCAGGUGUUGGGGCGCCAGAAUGGGCAUUGCCUUGAGGGGCCCGGUGCUUUCCUGGAAGAAAGGACAGAGGAGGCAGUAGCCUGGCUGCCUGGUGUGUGGUUCAUGAACCACAGAGUCCCGGCCCACAAGAGGUACCAGCCCACGGAGUACGAACAUGCUGCCAACUGUGCCACCCAUGCUUUCUGGAUCAUUCCCAGCAUCCUCGGCAGCUCCAACCUCUACUUCCUGUCGGAUGACGACUGGGAAACCAUUUCUGCGUGGAUCUAUGGCUUCGGCCUCUGUGGCCUCUUUGUGGUGUCCACUGUGUUCCACACCAUCUCUUGGAAGAAGAGCCACCUCAGGAUGGUGGAGCACUGUCUGCACAUGUUCGACCGGAUGGUCAUCUACUUCUUCAUAGCGGCCUCCUAUGCACCCUGGCUGAACCUUCGGGAGCUGGGCCCGUGGGCCUCCCACAUGCGCUGGCUGGUCUGGAUUAUGGCCUCUGUGGGCACCAUCUAUGUCUUCUUCUUCCAUGAACGGUACAAACUCCUGGAGCUGCUCUGUUACAUCGUCAUGGGCUUUUUCCCUGCCCUAGUCAUCCUUUCAAUGCCCAACACUGACGGAAUCUGGGAGCUGAUGACUGGAGGGGUCUUCUACUGCUUGGGCAUGGUAUUCUUCAAGAGUGAUGGAAGGAUCCCCUUUGCCCACGCCAUCUGGCAUCUGUUUGUGGCAUUCGGUGCUGGUACCCAUUAUUACGCCAUCUGGAGAUACCUCUAUCUGCCCAGCACCCUGCAGGCCAAGGUGUCCAAAUGAAGGGAUUCAGACUCCACGGUGCAUUUCGGCUCUUAGAGCAAAACAUCAUGGGAAGUGUUUCUGAGAACUUUAGUCCAGACCACAGUGCCCAUGCCUGUCUGCCCUCCCACAGGUAGAGCUGUUGAUGGGUCCGAGGUUACAUCUGGUGAUAGCCAGCCAGACCAUCCCUCUGGUCUCAGGUGAGAAAGAAGAUAGUCACUUUUAUUGAAGAGAAAUUAAUCCUGUAAUUUGUUUCUAUUUUAGACAACUGUUUUUUAAUACAACUGACAUCAACGUCUUCAGAAAGGGGAGCAGGCAUUUUCUUGGCAAAUUGAGGACUGAUGGGCCAAUAUUUGGUUCUUGAGGUCCUGAGAAAUCUGGUGACGAGUCUGGUGGAUUGUUUAUACCUGGCUGGUCAGGGUCCCCUUCUCUGCUACCAAGGUCCUGGCCAGGGGACCUUGUUUAAGGAAAGCCACCCACCUGCAAGAUCAGGGUUGGGAAAUAUCCAUGACCAUGGCAGACUUAACCAAUCAAAUGCAGCAUCACUUCUGUGGUUGCAGACUUCUUUUCAGCAGAGGGAUCCGGGCAGCCACUACUAGUCAAUUUGGUCCUCAUGGUGGAACAUUGUUGCCUUUCCUGCCCUAGUGGACUUAGAAAUGGGACCAUGACCAGACCAGUUAAGUGUCUGCAUGUGGGAGACCACACUCAUAUCCUGUACUAACACCUUCUCUUCCCUCUCCCUUUUCCCUUUUGGGGAAGCCCUUGGAGUGGGGCAGUUUGGAGAAGGAGGCCAAGGUGCCCACUCCUAGCAAAUCCUGUGGUUCCACUCACUGUAGCUGGUCCUCAGUACAGGGGAGAAGUGAGCAGUUGGGAUGGGAAAGCUGCUACUCGGCCAUUUCUUCUCAUCCCCAAAAAUCCAGAGAAAUCAUGACAGCAUUCCUGAGAGGGGACAAGAAGGUCCCUGGGAAUGUGCUCGCUUGUUCCCUAUUUAAGGGUGGUGAUGCCAACAUUCCGGUUCUCUCUUGGGGCCAGUCAGCAGUUCUCAGAGGGCAUUUGCUUUAACAGCCAGGGCCCCUCUGGUGGGAAGAGGGGAGACCUCAGCUGCAUUUGAUAUGGAUCUGAGCAGAGUAUCCGGACCCCCCACCUGGAAGCCCUCAGGAGCCCAGCAGUAAGGCUUCAGUGGGGAGGGGCCUGUCCUCCCAGCCCGCUCCCCUGGGGUGGGCUCAGCCUCUGUAAAAUGCCAUGUGGGCACUUAAUGGGGAGGAGAGCGGCAGGCCUGGCUCUGGGCCCCAACUUAGGAUCUCAGAAUCUCUGGAUGGAGAGUCUGUCUUGAGUCAGCUGGACCUUGUUCUAUGACUCCCACCCAAAGUAGGGUGGGCAAAGAGAUGCCUUAUGCUUAGUUCUAGCACAUUCCGGGGUAUUCCAGCAUCUGGAGCCCCGUGUGUCCAAGCCAGUAUUACAUCAUCUUGACACAUUCUUUAGACAGAUGGGCUCUGAGCUGGGAGAUGCGUUGGGCAUAGGGUUGUGUGUGUACACAGGCGCUCCCAACCCCCGGAGGUGGCCUGCCUUGGUAAGCCUGCCCCAUGGAGGUCACCAAGUAUGUCCCAUCAGUAGGGGUCAGGAUUGGAGGUCUGAGGGGAAGGGGAAGCUCUAUAAGGGAAGAACAGAGGCUGGGGGGUGCUUGGUCUGAAUUGGGACAGGCGGACUGUGACUUGAUAUCUAGCUGGGCCUGAGGCAGGGUCAACAGCUGACCAGCAACAGGGGAGGGGUCACGUUGGCUCCUGGGGCUGUUGUUUGAGACCUCCCAAAGCACGGUACCAUGCCAAGCUGCAGUAAAAACCCUGCCUUUGAGGUGCUGAGAGGGACGAAGGCACUAUUACCAGGCCUUUGGGAUCCUGGGCAUGUAGGGCCCUGACAUGGGACUUCUUUAGUGACCCUGUAGUCUCUGCUGAGCAACUAAGUCUGAUAUCUGCACCUCCCUGUGGCCUACUUCUCCUGGGUAUUCGAUCUUCUUAGAUCCCCCCUCGAGAUAGUCUAUUAUUCCUUAGUACGUCCCCACCUUUUGAGACUUCAGUCACUCUGAAUGGUUCCAGCUGUGCACAGCUGGCCAGCAGGAGUCCACACAUCCCAGUCUCCUUGGUUUCUCUGGUUGCCUUACCUGAGGUUUGAGGCACCAAGAGUGCAAUCAGUGGUACAAUCACUUCAUGCACAUGGCUGCUAACUGCAAAGUUAGUGAUUUGAGUCUACCCAGAGGUGCCUUGGAAGAAAGGCCUGGCAAUCUACUUCCAAAAAAUCAGCCACUGAGAACUCUGUGGAGCAUGAUUCUACUCUGACACACUUCGGGUCGCCAUGAGUUGGAGUUGAGACUCGACACCAACUGGUAACUGCUGCUACCAAGCUGGAGAUCGUGAAUCUGAGCGUAAGGCCCCAUGUCUGGCAGAGCUUUGGAGCUGGAAGCAAACUCGCAAGUUCCAUUUAUAGACCAGCAGGUAGAGGAUGAGAGCAGUUGAGUGACAUGCGUGGGGCAUAGAGCUGGUCAGGGCUGGAGCUGGAAUCCAGGUCAGCCUGACUCCUAGUCCAGUGCUCUUUCUACCGACACCUCUCUCUUGUUUUUGCAGGGGAUUGCUGCCCCUGCUCCGUGUGUCAGGCUGUGGCCCAAUGUUCCUGCCCCAGUGCUGCCCCCUCCCCAAGCCUGGCACCACAGGUAGCGCAGCUAUUGCUACAGCCUACCUGGCAUCCUCCUGGUCUUGGCCCUCAUUCUCCACGUGCACGGGGCAGACAGGAGCAUGCAGCGGUCUGUGCACGUGGCUCCUUAAUCCCUGUUUCCGUAUGUCCAGGCUUGGGUGGUGCAGAGGCAGGAGGCUUUGGGGUGGCAUGGAGAAGGCCCAGGGUGGGAGUAGGGACCAGAAGAUCUGGUCCUUCUUCUCUGCUUCCUGCUUGCUGCCUGACUUUGGGCAAAUCACUUCUCCUCUCUGAGCUGUUGGCUGACCAGCUGGGUUGCCGUAACAAACUACCACAAACUUGGUGGCUUAAAACAACAGAAACGUAUUGUCUCUGGGGGCCGGAAGUCUGAAGUCAAGGUGUUGGGUCGACAGGGCCAUACUCCCUCCAAAGACUGUAUGGGAGGGUCUUUCCUUGCCUCUUCCAGCUUCUGGUGGACCCAUAUUCCUUGGCACGUGGUAGUAUCACUCGUCUCUGCCUCUGACUUCAUAUGCUGUCUUUCCUCUGUGUCUGUCUGUGUCUUCACAUGACAUUCUUCUCUCUGUGUGCCUGUGUCCAAAUUUCCCUCAUUAUAGAAGGACACCAGUCAUUGGAUUUAGGAUCCACCUGAAUCUAGAAACCUCAUCUUAACUUGAUUAUAUCUGCCAAGGCUCUAUUUCCAACCAAGGUCACAUUCACAGGUAUCAGGAGAUAGGACUUGAACAUACAAACCUCUUUGGGGGAUAUAAUUCAACCCACAACAGCUGUAAAGCAAACCAAUGGUCUCUAAUCAGCCAAUGGUAAGUGGAGUUCAGCCCAUGCUCUCCCCACUGUGGACACCAGGAAUGAGUACAAAGCCUGAGCUGGUGGGCUGGGCUGGCUUCAGUUGGCAUGGGAGACCCCUCACCAGCUUGGGGAGAGGUCUUUUGGGAGAGGAGAGGCUUGUGGACACAGCUCCUCCCAGGAGCGAUGCCGAAACCUUCCUCCAUACGUAGAUACCUGAUAGACACAAUGUAGGGAAAACAACACUAAAGAAUCCCAACUGGGCAGAGAAACAUCAGGGGUCGCCUUUAAAAGGCUUGCCGUCCAAUAUGGUAGCCAUUAGUCACAUGUGGGAGCCUCUGGGUGGCACAAAUGCUUAAGUGCUUGACUACUAGCUGGACAGUUGGUGGUUCAAACCCACUCACAGGCACCUCAGAAGAAAGGCCUAGCGAUCUGUUUCCAAAAGGUGACAACCUUGAAAACCCUCUGAGCUCUGCUCGCCUGGGGUCGCCAGGGGUCAGCAACUAACCACAAAAACAAGGUGCAUGUGGCUACUGAAAUUUAGGUCAAUAAUAUAUAAGUAAAAAUUGAGUUCCUCAUUUUCACUACCCACAUUUAAGUGCUCAGUAGCCACAUGUGGCUAGUGGCUACCAUUUCGGACAGCACCAGAUACAGACCACGUCCAUUGUUGCAGAAAGUUCUAUUGGGUAGCACUGGUAGAGCAGUGGUCUUUUUGGUCUCUGUACCCCUCUACAGUCUGAAAAAUUAUUGAGAACACCAAAGAGCUUUUAUUUAUGUGGACCUUAUCUACUAAUAUUCAUCAUAGUAGAAAUUAAAACUGAGACUAUUUAAAAUAUUUAUUUACUCAUUUAAAGAUAACAAACCCAUACAUGUUAACAUCGAUAACAUUUUUUUCUAUUAAAAAUAAUAUUUUUUCCAGUCAAAAAAGAUUUAGGGAGAGGAAUGGCAUUGUUUUUGCAUUUUUGAGAGUCUUUUUAAUCAAUACCUGGAGCCUCCUUUGUGCUCCUGAUUUCAGACUUUUGCAAUAUCGCAUAUCAUGGAACUUCUGGAAAAUUCCACCAUGCAUGCAGAACGAAAGGGGAAAACGACAAAUAAUGCCGUAGUAUUAAUAUUACCCUGAAUCCCCAUCCCAGACAACCACUGUUAACCUUUCAGUAGUUUUCUUUGUGUUUCCCCCCAUCAGUAUACCGUAUUUUUAUGCAAAUACGUUUUUCCAACCAUGCAGUUCCCUCACACACUAUUUUCCUAGGUGUGCUACAUGCAUUAUGUUUGGGCACAUUAUUUACGUGCAUGCAUUAUUUGUGAAAAAAUACGAUAUAUAGUUUUUUACUUUGUUUUUUUCUCUUACUGUAUACAGUUUUAUAUCCUACUUAAAAAAAAAAAACUUUUGGAGUAUUUUCCAUAUUAUUUCAAACCCUUUGUAAAUAUUAUUUUAAAAGUCUACAUUGAGUGGAUGUGCCACAAUUUAUUAAACUAUUCUUUUAAUUUAGGAGAUAGACACAUAUGUCUGCGAUGAAGAUCUUUCAACAUAAGUUUCCCCAGUACUUCGUGUAUUUUCUUUAGACAAUGUUAAGAAGUUGGUUGAAAUUUGCCUCAUGCUGUCUGUGCCACCCAGCUGAGGCUGCCAUUCUGCCUGCGGCCACUAUACUGAUCACUCCUACAAUUACCACUGUUCUCUUCUCGGGGAGUCUGGGUAUCUGAGGACCUACUACCCGGCCGCUGCCCAAGGCCUAGCUAAUCUGAGAGGUUUAGAACAGUCAACUCCAGCAUGAGGCAUGAGAUGUGGAAGGGGCAGGGGAGCUGGGGGCCUGUUCUGCAGGUAGUCUGGUUGGUAGGUACAAGCUGGAGGUGUGGUUUGUGGAGGGGAUACUGUUGGAGACAGGGCCAAGAGCCUUAUGUGAUGAGGGGACCUCAUCCCAUCGAAUGCUGCUCUGCUGCUGGUGGGAGAUGAGAAGGAAGGAAGUGAGGAUAUCGUUCUCUAGAUGUUCACGGUGUCCUGGAGACCAACUAUCCGGUAUUCAGGAAUUUUACAAGUUGUUAAACCAUUGGUAGCAUGAAAUUGACCACAGUGGGAGUAUUUACAUCAUGGAAAUUGGCAAAUGCUACAAAUCAGAACUCAUUAUUUUUGGAGAGCUAGUUUACCAGUGGAGCCUGGCAGCGUACGGGUUAAGAGCUUGGCUGCUAACCAAAAGGUUGGCAGUCUGAAUUCACCAGCUGCUCCUUGGAAACUCUAUGGGGCAAUUCUACUCUGUCUUAUAGGGUCACUAUGAGUUGGAAUUGACUUGAUGGCAAUGGGUUUCUUUUUUUUUUUUUGCCAUUGCCUACACCCCACAUAUAUAAAAGCCAUAAACCAAACCUGCUGCUAUUGAGUCAGUUCCAACUCAUGGUGACCUCGUGUGGUACGGAGUGGAACUGCUCCCUAGGGUUUUCUUUGCUGUAAUCUUUAUGGGAGCAGAUUGCCAGGCCUUUCUUCCACGGAGCUGCUGGGUGAGUUUGAUUAGCAGCCUUUAGAUCAGCAGUUGAUCACAAACCACUUGUGCCAUACAUUCCUGUAAUCCACUCCCCUCUUCAUCAGUCUAAUGGCUAAGAUGUGUACGCUCACAUGUACUUGUUUCUCCCCUGUAACCUGGCAAGGUGAAUUUAUUGUUUUCAUAUUACCUGGGGAAACUGAGGCUGCUCAGAGAGGUAAGUGACUUGUCCAAGGUCAUGCGGCUGGUGCAGGAUGAGGUCUGGAAUGUAACUUAUGGUCUUCUAGUGUUAUAUCCUUCCUUCUCCCAUAGCACCAGGCUGUUUUGUGCCCCAGGAGCUGAAAACUGGGGCAGCAGCUAAAGGCCAUCUCUGCAAAGUCCUCCCAGGGCCUUACUGCCCCUGGUCUUAGCCCCAUCUCCUGGCUGCUGAAUUACUGCAUUCUAUCAGUGUUGCCUGAGCCUUGAGAGGUGUGAGGAUGGAAAUGCUGGUGGUCUCUGCUUCUGCCCUCAGUGAGCCACCUCAGGGCACAGACAAAGGUGGACUCUCUGAUGGACAAGAUGCAUUAUACUUGAGCCCUGAGCUGUGGGGUGUGCUUUGUUGUUGGGGACUCCACCGGGCAGGGAGAAGGCCGUGGGCCUGUCCCCUAUAGUGUUUCUAUUUGUGCAGAUGGCUUUUCCCUCCAGCCCCCACGAGAUAAAAACCAGUUGCUGUCAGAGUAGAACUGUGCUCCAUAGGGUUUUCAAUGGCUGUGAUCUUUCGGAAGUAGUUAGCCAGGCCUUUCUUCUGAGGCAUCUCUGGGUGGACUUGAACCUCCAACUUCACAGUUAGCAGCCUAGUGUGUUAACGGUUUGUACCACCCAGGGACUCCUUCUAGAAUAUAAAGGAGCAUUUAAAUACCUUUGAAAAAAGUUGCUGUAGAGUUGUUUCUGACUCAUAGUGACCCCAUGUGUAUCAGAGUAGAACUGCACUCCAUUGGGUUUUCAAUGGUUAUCUUUCGAAAGUAGAUUGCCAGGCCUUUCCUUUCCUAUCCUGCCCCAUCCUAGCCUAUCCAUCUAAUUUUUUUUUAAAGUUGCUGACUGUAACCCACUAAAUUGACUUUAGGACCCAAAAGUGGGUCUGACCCCUCAGUUCUGGAAACUCCGCUCUUGGUGGUACACCCCUGAAAGCCAUAGUCAUUGGUAAUAGAUGCCUUGUGCCUGUCUGCCACGAUUGGCAGAGGUCAGCAUGGUGCCACAUUUGGGGAACCUGGGUGCCCCACAGCCAGAUGGGGGCAGGUAAGGACAAAGCAAUUAGGAGCUUCUGAGAACCUGGUUACCCAGAACCCUGACCCCACAGAGAGGAAUACAGGACCAAAUUGUAUGGUCUUUUGUCCUGGAAAUGGCCCCAUGUUUGGGGGCUGGGUAGUCCAGAAGACCUCACAUGGGAAACAUGCCAGAAUGUGUGUGGCAUUAGUUCGGGCAGGGCUGGGAAGGUAGGCGGGAGAGAUUAAGUCCAUUCGGGGAAGGAGAAGAUCCCAGUUUUGGAAAGGCUCUUCUCCCUCUGUAAGCAAUGUCAAGUUCUAGGCUCUGGCUUGCUGCUGAGUGAAUUGCCCACCCGUCCCGGUCUGCACUGAGGGAUCUUUCCACUUUUGUGCCGGCCCAGGGUCUGCUGCUCUAGAAGGCCUUUCUUUGGGGUAAACAGGAGCGCUCGGAUUGUCUUUGAUACUAACUUUUUUAGACCUCUGUUGUCUGCAAUGUUUGAGAAUGGCAUUAGUGGCACGACUUUUUAAAAACGUCCUGCUGGUACUGGACACUUUCUGUCUUUGUGAAAUCAGCGUUUUGUAUUAACACAGUAUUUGAUAAACGUUUGUAUCAAGAAGAAUCAUCUUUCCAGUAAAUAUUAUUCUUUUCAGUGGAGCAAAAAGGACUCAAAUGAAUAAAAAUUCAAGAUGCCUCACUCUGACCUGACUGUCUUUUUAAAAAUAACAUUUGUCAGUGGUUUUUACAAAAGGAGGCGCUGCUAAUUGGAAAACGUAGAAUAUUUAGAAAAGGAUAAAGAAAAUGUAAGACCCUGUAUUAGUUGUCUGUUGUGAUGAUCUUUUCAGUUGCCUUAUAUACGUGCGAAAGUUGGAUAAUGAAAAAAGAAGACAGAAGAAUUGGUGCAUUUGGACUCUGGUGGCUGGUGAAGAAUGUUGAAUAUACCAUGGACUGCCAAAAGAAUGAACAAAUUAGUCUUAGAAAAAUUACAACCAGGAUGUUCCUUAGAAGUAAGGAUGGGGAGGCUUCACUUCGCUUACUUUGGACGCAUCAUCAGGAAAGACCAAUUGCUAGAAAGGGAUAUCAUGUUUGCCCGGUCCUGUGCCAUGUUCGUGCUUGUUGGUACGUUUAAGCCCAUCGUUGUGGCUAUCGUGUCAAUCCAUCUCACUGAGGGGUCCCCUCCCUUCUGUUGUUGCCAAACAUGAUAUCCCCACAUACAACAGAGUGAAAUGCUCCUCAGUCUCACACUAUCUUCAUAAGCGCCAGCAAGCUUGGGUCCGUUGUUGUCUUCCAACCUAGGCGGCUCAUCUUCCUGCACUAUACAGAACAUUAUUCUGUGGUGAUCCAUAAGGCUUUCAUUGGCCAAUUUUCAGAAGUAGAUCACCAGGCUUUUCUUCCUAGAAUGUCUUUGUCUGGAAGCUCUGCUGAAACCUGUCCACCAUGGGUGACCCUGCUAGAUUUUGAGAUACUGGCGGCAUAGCUUCCAGCAUCAUAGCAACACGCAAGCCACUACUGUUCGACAAACUAAUGAUCCCUACGUUUAUGACUCCCAGGUAAACAUUGUUCACUUAAAGAUCUUGGCUGAGCUACAAAUCCAUAGAGCCAUCUUCCUACUGGAUAUCUAUAUCAGAAUAUCCAUAAACAAAUAGAAUACUAUCAAAAUAGGAUCUUUUUCUAUCCUAAAUUUACUUCUGCUCUACGGCCCCUCCAUCUGCUCACUUGCAAAGUCAGAGCUCUGGGCACCAUCUCUGAUUCCUCCCUUUUCAUCACCUCCUUCCCAGUAGCUCUGCUUCUUUAACAUCACUCCCCAUUCGUCCAUUUCUCUCCAUCACCACUACACCUUAGUCCAGACUGCUGUUAUCGUUUUCCAGGUCCCCUGAAAUGGCCUCCUGUCCUCCUUGCCCCCAUCUUCAGGGUUGGCUCUCUCCAAUCUUUCUGAGGAGCCCUGGUGGUACAGUCGUUAAGAGUCUGGCCGCUAACCAAAAGGUCAGCAGUUUGAAUCCACUAGCUGCUCCUUGGAAGCCCUAUGGUGUAGUUUUACUCUGUCCUAUAGGGUCCCUGUGAGUUGGAAUCGGUAUGAUGGCAAUGGGUUUGGGUUAUUUGGUUUAAUCUCUCUGAAGCCCAAAUCCAAUUAUGUCAUUCUUCUGCUUAAAACCCUUGCAGACCUCCCUGUUACCCUCCAGGUAAAGUCUAAACCCCUCUGUGUAUUACAGUCAGGUCACUUUGAUUGCAAGUGAUGGAAAUCCAGCAGCUUAAGAAGCAAAGUGGGUUAAUGGGCUUAUGAAGCCCAGAAGGGCAGGGAAAGAGAGGGGCAUGAGGCAAGGGGAACCAGGAACUUGAACGCUGCCAGGUCUUGCUUGCUGUUUCCUGGCUUCAUUUUUCUCUGAGUGUCAGCUUCAUUCUCUCAGACCAGCUUCUCCACUUAGCAGGGGAUAUGGCCACCACAGCUGGGGAGCAUAUGUUUGCUGAUCCCUGACUUCUUCCUCCCUUUCUCCAAGUUGAAAAAUUCCAGGGACAUAUUCUGAUUGGCCUGGCCUGAGUCCCAUGACUAUUUCUGAGCCAAUCACUGUGGCUGAGGGGAUUGGCCUAGAUCAAUGUUUUUAAAGAGGCGGCAGGUCCUGUUUGGAAUACAUGGCUAGAGAUGGAAAGUAGCAGAGGGAAGUAGCACAGACCUGGCUACUGGGGAAUUUUGAACAGACAGUCGCUCCAAUUGCUCUCCACCAAAACGUGGCAUACAAGACUAUAGUAGAGCCUGGCUACCUGCUCACCAAAUUUAUUUCCUGUUCCCCCUGGCACCUUGCAAUACUCCAUUUUCCAUACCUUCUUACAGGUGGGUGUAGUCCAGCCAUGUUAUGUGACCUGUUA